AUGUGGCUGGGAUAUAUAAUUUUCAGCUCUGUCUUCAUGACAACCUGGUUCGCUGUUGCCACUCCCAUUGUCGAUCACGAUCAACUAUUCUUACAUGAUACUUACCAGUCCAUUACCGGACACGUGCCUACUAGCGAACAAGGGCUCAAAGUAUCUACAGAAAAGGUUCUUUUCUAUGAUCUAGAUGAUAUACAAUACUUCACCCCAUAUCACCAGCCAUCAUGCACACUAAGAACUGCUACUACCCUACCCAUAGGAGAAACAUUCACUCCAAUCGUUGUUGUAUCAGUCUCAAAGCCUGACGAAGGUAUAUUCACUUCUCAACACUUGCGACCAUUGAUCGAAUCGUACCUUCGACAAGAUGACGUACUUACCCAAUCAUUCUUCAACACCGUCCUUCUUCACCCUGAAGAUAAAUCUACCAAGUUCAAUAUUGACAUUUCAGCACUUGUUUAUCUGAUGAGAGAGAUGGAUACGAAGAUACUGAUACUGGACGGAAAUCUGCAGAUCAACUUAUCUAGUCCAGGAACCGGUUUACCUUCUUUAUCCAUUCAUACUGUCCCCUCUGGAUCUCUACCAGAUAGAACAGCUGGACCAUACCUUGCUAGAUCACAAAUAUUCGGGAACGAAAUUGAUCUAUUUCCGGUGUAUAGACUGUAUGCCGAUUAUUAUAGAACAUUUGUCAGCGGUGUAUAUCCCCUGUAUGACGAAUUGGGAACGUACAAAGCUUUAGGGAAGGUGGAUGAAUCUGGGAAUCAGAUGAUACCUGUACCUUCCAGAUUAUACCCCAUUGGAUCUGAGAAACCUCUAGCAGGCGAAAGAGUGGGGGUAAAAGAUAUAUACGAUAUCAAAGGUCUUCCUACCACUGCUGGAUCCAGGACCUAUACGUCUUGGAGAGGAACUGUGAACAGUACUGCAUCGUCCAUUGUGAAGCUUCAAAAUGAAGGUGCAGUAAUCGUAGGAAAGGCUAAAACAGUGGCAUACGCUAGUAGUGGAAUGGUGAUCGAAAAGACAUACGAUCAUCUAUACCCAUUCUCACCUCGAGGCGAUCUAUAUCAAUCAUGCGGUUCAUCUUCCUCUGGUCCUGCUUGCGCUAUGGCAGCUUACGAUUGGCUCGAUUUCACCGUUGGAUCAGAUACCGCUGGCUCUGUAAGAGGUCCGGCAGCUGUAGCAGGACUUUACGGUAAUAAGCCCACACAAGGUAUUAUCAAUCUUGAUGGGGUUGUACAGCUACUGAAAUGGACGGAUACUCCUGGUAUUUUCACGGGAUCUCCUGCCAAGUUUAAGAAGAUAUUGGAUGUAUGGUACUCUGACUCACAAGCUAAUCGAAGACAUAAUCAUCUUCCCAAAACUCUCUUGGUCCCCUCUGACGACUUUCCUGGUAUGCCCGAAAACAUCCGGUCGAUCGUUGUAAAGACAUUACGAGAUAUCGAGAAAACCUUGGGGAUGAAAGUGAAGAUGAUUAACCAGACUGCCACUCAUCCGCAUAAACACCCGGAUGACGGAGGUUUCAUGACGGUUGACAUGUUCAAGAAGACGAUGUUUGCAUGGCAAUCUAAAUACCUCGGACAGACGAUCCUCAAGUGGUACAAAUCCCAAAAUGAAGGGAGAUUCCCUCCAGUCGGUACGAAAUUCCAUGAUCGAUGGAAAGCUAUGGAAGAUGAUCCGUGGACAGACGAAGAUUUUGACAAGAUGAAGGAAAGACAGGAGCUUACGGCGGAAUGGUUCAAUGGGAUGAUUGGAAGAGAUGAAGAAACUUGUUCGAAAACUAUCUACGUUGAUCCAUUCCCCCUUGAUAAGCUGCCUGUAUACAGGGAGGAAAAACUGAAUAAUAUCAGUGAGAGCUUUAUUCCAAAGCGAAAGAAUCCGUUAUUCGCAUAUGCACCAGCUUCAAUCUCUGGUGCACCAGAAUAUGUCGUACCAAUUGGUCACGUACCUUUCAGAUCUCUUGUAUCGGGUGUAGAGGAAAUGCACCCUCUCUCCAUGAGUUUUAUUGCCUAUCCCGGAUGCGACUCCAUGUUACUUGACUUCAUCAGUAAGCUGGGCCAAGCUGGGGUAUUCAAGGAUACGAAGACGGGGAGAACCGCGUUCUGA